AUGUCAAACUCAACGCCCUCACACAGCGCCCAGCACGACAGCGCCUCGCCGCCUGCGAAGCCAGGCUCGCAGCAGGGCCAGCAUACCCGUACCUACCAGGCCUGCAUCCCCUGCCGCCGUCGCAAGGUGCGCUGCGACCUGGGGCCUGUCGACAACCCUCACGACCCGCCAUGCGUGCGCUGCCGCCGCGAGAGUAAAGAGUGCUUCUUCUCCGCCACCCGCCGCAAGCGCAAGCCCCAGGAUGGCGGCGAGGGCUUCGAGGACGAGGAGCCUGCCGACUUCGAGGUCCACAACGGCCGCAAGCGCCUCCGCGAAGAUUCUGAGACGCCGCGCCGCCCCAGCUUCGUCCAACAGCCACCCAUACCACGCCCGCUGACACCCGGAGGCUCGGUUGGCCGCCUGCAGCCCCUGCGCCGUCCCAACGCCAAUCAGCAGUCCUCACACGAUGAUCAGCAGCAAGUGAACAAUGAGACCACCGCCAUCCUGCAGUCGAAAGAGGUCUUCAGUGGCCAUGACGCCCUCAACCUGCUCUUCGAGGCCGCCGGCCGCACCGGCGACAUGGAGCACCACAGGUCCGACAGCAACACCAUGCACCAGCGCACCAUGAGCACUGCCUCCAUGACCGCCACCACUCCAGGCUCCCAGCCCAACUUGACCAGCCCUGGCGUCAACAGCUCUCAGCCAUAUCCGAGCCCGGCCGCCCACUCCACCGCCGAGCCUGCGAUAGACCCGGCCAUCGCACAGGGCCAGCCACAAACCGAAGCGAACAAUCAGGGUGGCUUUGAGCAGGCUAUCAAGGCGUGGUCACGCUUCCGCUUUGUCCGUGCAGGCUGGUUCACCGCCAGAGAAGGCAUCGCAUAUUUGGACUACUUCUACAGGUACCUGUCGCCGCUAACACCCAUUGUCGUGCCCAACUUCGAGAAGUAUGAGUCCCAUGGCAUUCUGCUCACCGAGGAACCAAUGCUCGUCGUCACCCUCCUGACCGUGGCCUCCCGCUACAUGUCCUUGUCUGGCCCUGGCUCCAGCUCCCGCCCAUAUGCAAUUCACGAAAAGCUAUGGAGCUAUCUGCAGGGCAUGAUAGACCGCAUGAUAUGGGGUCAAGAACAGUUUGGCGGCGGAUUCUGUGGUGCUGGUGCCCAACAAAGCUGUGACGUCAAUCCACUGUCUCGAAAGGGUCUCCGCACUUUGGGAACCGUUGAGAGCUUAAUGCUCCUCACCGAGUGGCACCCCCGCGCUUUGCACUUCCCUCCAGGAGACGAUGACGACGAGCUCAUGGCUCCUGAUGAGGAGACGAUGGCUAACAUGGUCAACGGCUGUUUGUCCGAGGCGGUCAAUGACCAAUACAGAGGACUAGGCGGUCAGAGGAUCGACAGCUGGCUGGAGCCUUGUUGGAGGAGCGACAGGAUGUGUUGGAUGCUGCUUGGAAAUGCUCUAGCUUUGGCCUAUGAGAUCGGCGUCUUUGACGACAAGAGCGAGACCGACUUCCACGAGGAAAACAAGCACCUUCCGCCCACGAAAGUCGAGGCGUACUAUCGACGGAAGAACCAUCUUCGCGAACUCCUACUGAUCUACAUUACUCAAACCAGUGGUCGGGUCGGGCUUACCUCAAUGCUUCCGCGAUCGCAACGAGACAAGACAUUCCUCAAGAGCCCUGAUGACCGCUUGCAGGAUCGAUUCUCGAUGCUCAAGAGAACCGGGAAAAUCAUCCGUGAGGAGGCUGGUAGUUCGCCGAGCACAGAGAGAAGGAUUAACAGCCAGGAAAUGGUCUUGUAUUUCUGGAUGGAGAUUGCCGUCAUCAUGGAGAAGGGCAACCAGGACAUGUUCUCCAACCGCCGCCGCACGCGAGAGCUGAUCAGGACGCAAGAGUACAAGAAGCUCUUGGCCGAGUUUCAGCCAAUUCUUCAAGAUUUUCGCUUGCAUUUGGAUAGGUAUAAGAGCAUUAUUCCCAAACUUAUGCACGACGUCCUGGCGAUCGAAUACGAAUACAGCAGAGUGUACAUCAACUCCCUGGCCCUCCAAGCCGUGGUGGAGAGAUGCGUCACAAAUACACAUGCUGCCGCCGCCGCCGCCAAUGGGGCGAAUGGGUUGGGCUCGUUGCCGACUGGCACGAUUCCACCUCACAUGCUUGUGCGAUGGUACGGCGAUGACCGCCACUUCAUUCGGGAAGUCAUUGAUGGCUGUCGAAACGUGCUGCAAAUCGUCACCAAGGGUCUGGAACCUGGCGGCUAUUUGAAGCAUGCCCCGGUACGGACGUUCUUUCGCAUCAUCUCUGUCACCAUUAUACUGCUCAAGACCUUUGCGCUCGGCGCCACAGAGGACGAUGUUGCGCUUUCUCUUGGUCUGAUGGAGGAAGCCGUCUCAGCAUUGCGCAACUGCAUCGUCGACGAUGUGCACGUUGGCAAUCGUUUCGCAGGCAUGCUGAUUACAUUGAUUACCCGUAUCAAGUCCCGCUUUGUGCGCAUGGCGGGAUCAGGCUCCGGGAGAAACUCACUGCAAGCUAGCCGCGCCACAAGCCAAAGCCCAAGCCUGCCCACUGCAGGUAUCACGUCCAACCAGCAUAGCUACAACAAUCCCAUGAUGCCACCUCCCCACGCUGGCGGCCAAGGAUACAACCCCAACAGCAACAACGGUAACAAUCCCCAGUGGCCCAACUACAGCUCUAGUGGCCUAAGUGGCCCCGCCAGCCCUGUCGCUUCCAACGGUCGUGCAACACCAAACUCCAACCACCCACUUUGGGGUAUCAGCACUGAGACAUAUGAUCCAGGAUCGAACAACAUUUCAAUCAUGCCGCCACCGACAUUUGGCUCGCCUUACAACUCGCACAACCAACUGUCAAAUAGCAAUGGCGGGAGCGCGGAUGGCAACAGCGGUAGCAACACUAACAACAGUCAGUUCCCUGGGUUUGGUAGCGACAAUGGCGACUACGGCGGUUUCGGGAACGGCGGCGCCGACUGGUUGGCGCUUCCCCUGGACCCACUUCUGAACUCAUAUGGCGCAGACGUCAACAGCAAUGCCUAUGGACCAGAUGUUGGAGGCUACGACUUAUUGGACGUGCUAUUGAACGGGGCAGAGAACAUUGGUUGA